GGGGAUCGGAUCAGUUACUCAAAAAAAAAAAGUGGGGGAUCGGAUCUCCGAACCGGAACUCUGUCCCUCUCUGUCUCCACCCCGUGCCGGCCGGCGAGGUCCCCCUCUCCCUCCGGCCGCCUCGCCCCUCCGCCCCCGUCGCGUCUCGGUUCCACGGGCGCCGCGGCCGCCGGCCUCCGACGCCAUGGGGUUCCUCGAGGACUUCCAGGCCAGUGUUGAAACAUUGCCAGCUAUGCUGCACAAGAACUAUUCAUUAAUGCGAGAGCUCGAUAAAAGCUUGCAAGGUGUGCAGCUGGAAAAUGAGCAGCGAUGUCAACAAGAAAUAGAGGACAUUAAGCAUGGACUUGAAUCUGGAAGUAUUACAACAUAUGAGCCAGCAAAACUUAAAUUUUCUGAUGAGGCAAUCGAGGAGCAGAAACAUUGUGUUAGGAUUGCUGAUGAGAAGGUGGCUUUAGCCACACAAACGUAUGACCUGGUCGACGCUCAUAUCCAACAGCUUGAUCAAUACAUGAGGAAGCUUGAAGAACUUCGACUAGAAAAGGAGGCAGCUGCAGCUGCAGCUGCAGCUGCGGCAGAUACAGCUGUUGCUGCUACUUCAGCUGCUCCUGCUGGCGCUGGUAGCUUAAGGUCCGCAGCUGCUGAUCCUGCUCCAAAAACUGGAAGAGCUGGCGAAAGAAACAGAGGAGGGCGGAAGAAGGCUAAGGUGCCCACGGAGAUGCCCACAGAGAUCCCCAUAGAGCAGCCAGCUAUAGAUUUAGAAUUGCCUGUCGAUCCUAAUGAACCGACGUACUGCUUCUGCAACCAAGUCAGCUACGGUGAGAUGGUCGCGUGCGACAACCCUGAUUGCAAGAUAGAGUGGUUCCACUUUGGAUGCGUGGGAUUGAAAGAGCAGCCGAGGGGGAAGUGGUAUUGCCUGAGUUGCAGCGCAUUCCAAAAGAAGCGCAAGGGCAGGUGAGAUGCAUAUGGUCCUCGUGCUAGGAGGUAGGUGCUCGGUCGUCCGUGGUCGUCCGAUUCCGUUGUGCUGAGCGGCGCCUAGUUUGUCCGGGAAGCAACUGUUGGAUGUAGCUUGAGUGAUCUUGCACAUGUUGUGACAAUCUUGAGGAGUGUUGUACAUGUGUGGCCCCGUUUAGAACAUGGGAAUUUCUUCUUUUUGUGUGGGAGAUGAACUGGGGACUGAAAUGAUUGCAAUAUUCUGACUGUUUGUUA